AUGGCUUCAGUUGAUAAUGUUGAUGGGGCCGAAACAUUUGAUGAAGAAGCAGAAGAGAAAGAUGAAGAUGAAAUCGACCCGUUGUUCAGGGAGUUCGUCGACGAGCCUUCAAUUCGCCACGAUCAGAUUCCUGAGAGUGAUGACGAGGAAGAGAAAGGCUGCAAGAAGAAACCACCAGAGGUGACUCACAUCAGACGUGGUGAUGGAAGGACAUGCCGCAAUAUCCAGCAGUACAUGUAUGAUAGGGAUAAAAUUGGCUUUAAGUGUAUGGGUUCUAAUGAAGGAGGAACUUGUGAAUUGAAAAUAUAUGCUUCACUUCUGCCAAGUGAUAAUGUGUGGAAAGUGAGAGUGUUUGUUGAGAAUCAUUCUUGUGUGCCUAACGGACAGUUUCCAAUGCUGAGGAUUCCACAAAUAGCUAGAUUGUUUAUUGAUAAAAUAAGAGAGAAGAACCGGAUUAUUACAUGCCAAUGA